GCCAACUGCAAAAACUUAGCGCGAUGUUGUCCGGGUCUGCCGCCGCCGCUCUGGCUGCGGUCUGGUGGGCCCUCAGCUACAGCCUUGCCUACGGUCUUCCAGCGAAUGCACCCACGGGCUCACACCUCAAAAAUGCCAACCAACUGGUAUCAACCAGGGAGCAGGCGAGCGCUGCCACCUGCCAGAUCCUCGCCAGCAAAUGUCCCAGCGUCGGGGAGAUGGCGUGCACCGAGAGCGGAGUGCUGUACUAUCAAUGGGCUGGCGGGUUCAUUGCAUCUGCCAUUGGCAUGGAUGGGAACAACAAAUGGGUUCCCUCGUACAUGUGGACUUUUGACGAGUGUUCGGGUCACGGAAAGUGAC